UGUUUGGUACCCAACCCAUUCUCAUUUUGCAAUGUUUGUGUUUGUGCAUUUUCAUCUGCCAAAAAAAUGACUCACAAGCAUCGCCGGUAGGCGGUAGGUCCAGUUCGUCUAUAUUCAGAGGCCGGAGCCCUGACAUUCAUCUUCCGUUGCACUCCGUACCAAAGAGAAUACUUCAGAGUCCGAGGGGGAUUAAUCCGCACUGCACUGAUCCUCAAAAUCACACCAAUUAUUUCGCCCGCAAAUGCACAGGCCAGUGACAGACGGAUACAUCCACCAACAACCACGCGUAGACCUACCUGUCCAUGACUCAGAGGAUCACACCGAUUCCUGGAAGCCUUCGAUUCCCAUUAUCGCGCCGGUAAUUUGCGUUUCUGCGAAAUUUGAUGAUAGUUGUGAUUUUAUGCAAGAUUAUUGUGCUGUUUGAUCGAUGAGAAUUGGCGAAGUUUGUGGAGAAAGCCUGCAGUUGAAUUGAGGAGGGGUUAAAGGAUUCUGUUCAGUGGAGGCCGAAAAUGAGCAGCGAGAGGCAGGCGGUGAAGGUUCUGGACCUUGUGGAGGAAGCAAAAAGGAGAAUUGUGCUUCUCAUUGUUUGCGUGGUUGGACUCUCGUAUCUCAUGUCAUUGACAAGCUCUUCAGUUUUAGUCAACCUGCCUGCUGCCGUUCUCUUGAUUUUCUCACUUCGUUAUCUAUCACUGGAUUUUGAGGCACGGAGGAAAGCUGCAACUUAUAAGGGAAAGUCAUUCACUGCAGAUAGUGAUUGCCAGAAAAUACAAGUUGAGUGCCCAAAAGUUAUAUCUAAAAAGUCUGAUUGGAGAAUGAAAGUGGGUUCACCUAUCGUGGAGGAAGCAAUAGAUCACUUCACAAGACACAUAGUCUCUGAGUGGGUUACAGAUCUCUGGUAUGCUCGUAUAACUCCUGAUAAGCAAGGUCCAGAAGAGCUUGUGCAGAUCAUGAACUCUGUGCUGGGGGAAGUUUCAUUUCGCAUGAGAAAUAUCAAUCUUAUAGAUCUUUUAUUAAGAGACACUAUCAAUUGUUUAUGCUCCCAUUUAGAGCUUUUUCGUGUUUGUAAAGUGAAGAUAGAAAAAAUACACUCAAGAUCCCUAACCAUAGAAGAGCGUGACAUGGAGCUUAAGUUAAUGUUAGCUGCAGAGAGCAAAUUGCAUCCUGCUUUAUUUUCUCCUGAAGCUGAGCACAAGGUUCUCCAGCACCUCAUGGAUGGCCUUAUUUCAUUUACAUUCAAGUCAGAUGAUCUACAAUGCUCUCUAUUCCGCUACAUUGUCAGGGAGCUUCUUGCUUGUGCAGUAAUGCGGCCUGUAUUGAAUAUAGCUAACCCAAGAUUUAUUAAUGAGAGGAUUGAAAUUUUAGUGGCUUCUUUAAAAAAGACCGAGAAAGUUCCAGAGGCAACCCAAGUACAUCCACAGUCCAACACCAGUGGAUUCUCUAAAGUGUCAUCCAAUACUUUUUCUCCUUUCAUAGACCAUUCUGCUAAGGGUGUUGAACUUGUAGAAUUGAAAAAGGACGUCUCUGAUAAUAGCAUGGAAAACAAUGUGAAGGACAAUUUGAAUGGAGCUGACUUAUCAAAAGAUCCAUUGCUUUUGAUUGAUACACGAUCAACACGAUCUUGGAGUGCCUUGCCAACACCAACCCAUUCCAAUGAUGGAAGACUUGUUAAACGCCAUCAUUCUGGAGGUGAGUGGGGUGACAUGCUGGAUGUGUUUUCUCGCAGAAAGAAUGAAGCUCUUGCCCCAGAACAUUUUGAUAAUAUGUGGGCAAAAGGCAAAAACUAUAAAAUAAACGAGGAUAAGAAGCCUUCUUAUGAUCCAACUCACAGUUCUUUAGGUACAUCUAAAGCUGUGAGCACGUCAAAGGUAGGUCUGCGGCAUAAUGGAAACGACGGUGAAAACAAGGGUGAUGAUGAGCUUGAUGACUUGCUAUCAGACGAGGAUGUGUCAGAGAGCAGUUCACAUUCAACUGAAGACGAAGAAACCAGUGUUGGUCUUCGAUCUCCUGUGGUUAAAGUAUGGGAUGGUAAAAAUAGAAGAAAUGUUACCCACGUUCAUCAUCCCCUUGAAAGAACACAAAGGAAAAAGUCUGGAAGGAAGGGAAUUAAAGGACAGAAUCUGUCUAAACAAUCAAGCAAAACAUCAUCUGGUUUAAAGAGGUCUAGAUUGAAUGAUCACAGAGAACAUGUCUGGAAAGAGAUUGAAAGAAGAAGCUUCUUAUCAGGAGAUGGGCACGAUAUACUGAAAUCCUCUAAAGAUAAUUUGAAACAUGAAAACUCAAGUGAUGAUUCUGGGACAGAAAUGCCUGGGAGACUAUCUAGUGGAACAACUGCAACAUCCUCUUUUGCUACAAGCAAUUUAUUUGAGAAUCAUUUUUUGGAUGCAGAUACUUCAAAAUCCUCUAGCUUUGCAGAAUCUUUUAUGAAAUUACGAUGUGAGGUCAUAAGUGGGAAUAUUGUAAAAAGUGGCACCAAAACAUUUGCUGUUUAUUCAAUAUCUGUUACAGACACAUACAGUAAUAAUUGGUCAAUAAAGAGAAGGUACACAUAUGCAUACUCCUCCCAUCCUCAUGAUUAGGUUUUGUAUAUGAAUGGGCUGUAUGAUACUCCCUCCGUCCUAUAAUGAUCUUCCCAGAGCACUAUUCCAACUUCACGGGAAUUUAUAUUUAUUUGUGUUUUUUCAUGGCCUAUAUGAUAAAAUAAAAUAUUCUUGUCACC